AUGGCCACGGGGGCAUAUUCCCAGGGACAGUCCCUGACGCUGGCUAUUGAUAUUGCGAAGUACAAGCACAAUAAGUCUGGUCCACGGGUUCCACCCGCGGUACAUGGGCAAAGCAUCCCGACAGGACGUUUCCGAUUAGUCUGGAGAGACAUGCAUAUAUUACCAGACGCCUUUUAUGUUAGCGACAGACAAGGUGCUCCUUGCCCCAGUUCACCGAGUUUUUGUCAGUUACGGGGGUUUAGCCAGCAAUCGACCGAAACGUUCGGUACCUUACCAUACCUUACAAUACCCCCCCCCCCCCUCUUCCUUGGCAGCAAAAGCUCGCGGGCGUAUGGACGUUGUGCCCGACAUAUUGAAUAUGCCGCCGCCAAGCCCUCUCAGCCAUCCGUAUUUGACGCGAUAAAUUAUGAUACGGCGUACACAGAUACCGUAUCCGCCACCACAAAGCAAUAUUUGCAUGCGACCAUCUGCGACCGUCUGCAGCUUACCCACUGA